AUGGAUUGGUGUAAAGAAGAAAAUAUUGAAUUCAAGUCACCACCCUCUUUGGUUCCACUCUCUGUUAAUGAUGAACUAGCUUUUGUAGCUGGCAUAAAUUGUUCCCUGAAUACGCCUGCAUUCACCACUGAAAAGAUGCUGGAAAAAAGAUUGAUGUUAAGAAAAAUAAUCAGACAAGAAAUGGGAGUCAAAGAUAGUGAUAUGCUUGUGAUGGCAUUGAGCAGUAUAAACCCUGGAAAGGGUCAUUUUUUGCUUCUUGAAUCUUUAGAGUUGACCGGUGAUAAAAGUCAAAGAGGAUUGGUUGACCAUGGUGAAAGUUUAAAGAAAAUGUUGAGAGGGAGUGAAGAAAAAAAACAGGGAGAAGAGAUUAAGCUCUUAAUCGGUUCAGUUGGGUCAAAGAGCAAUAAGGUGUUUUACGUAAAAUCACUCCUUAAGUUCUUAUCGAAUCAUUCGGAUUUGGAAAAAUCCGUCUUAUGGACCCCAGCAACAACACGUGUUGCCUCUCUUUACUCUGCAGCAGAUGUCUAUGUUAUAAAUUCUCAGGGGCUUGGAGAAACAUUUGGAAGAGUAACAAUUGAAGCAAUGGCAUUUGGUAUUCCAGUGCUUGGGACAGAUUCAGGGGGCACGAAAGAGAUUGUGGAACAAAACGUAACGGGUCUUUUACAUCCAAUUGGGCAUCCAGGAACAAGCAUUCUUUCCAAAAACCUUCAAUAUUUACUAAAAAACCCAUCAGAACGACAGCGUAUGGGACUCCAAGGAAGACAAAAAGUUAAAAACAUGUACUUGAAAAAGCACAUGUACAAGAUCUUUUGGGAAGUUCUUUACAACACCAUGAGAAUAAAAUAAACUUGCCCACUGUUUCUCAUGAUUUUCACUGAAAUGACAGAAACAAUGAGCAAAAUCCAGAACUAUUUAUAUUUUUCGUAUUCUUUAAUCAAAAGUUAUGUUAUGUUAAAAAAACAAAAUUCGAACUAUUAUAUAUUUAUAUAUAUAGUUUCUGUACAGUUUUUUAUAUUUCCAAACAACAACCGGACUGAACGUGGCCGGAAUAUUCCUCCGGCGUCUCCACCUUUUUCCACGUGUGGCUCUUCAGAUCUAACACGUAUACCCCAUGACUUUUACCAAAUCCAACAGAUCCAACGGCUAAUAACCUUCCUUCGCAUCCGAUUACACAAUGUACUCUAUCCAGAUCCUUUGGGAUCCUCGUUUUAAAAGAAUGAUCCAGUGCUACGAUCACACCAUCUUGAUACAUACACAUCACCCCAUCACCACCGUCCACGCAUGUUCUCGGACACGUGUCAGCUCCUAAGAACUCAUCUUCUUUUUUAUCCCAUCGCCACGUGGAAACAUCGAAAGCUUCUGCGCUUGUCCCAAACUUCCCUUGCAUUGACGUGUUGUACCCACCAAUGACGUAGAAUUUGCCACGGUGGAAAGCUCCUUUGCAUUCGUCACGCUCGUCUGCCAUGUAAGGUAGUAUAACCCAUCUAUCGUCCGCCACGUCAUACAUCAUCCCUGACCGGAGUGCAUUCUUUUCGUUAUCGUGUCCGCCGCCGACGAACACUCUCCGCUCAUUAUCCGACGCACAUCCAAAAAACGACCUUGUACUCCCUGGCAUAUCGGACCCACGUCGCCACGUGGCGGAAACGAAGUUAUACACAAAAACAAAAUUCGAAGCCUCCCAGUUCUCCGGGCUUAACCCGCCCAUCACCACAAGAUUAUACCCGACCGGAGCAAUCUGACAAAAAUAAGGUAACCCGUCGGAAAACCCAGGGAUCGGCGGCAGCUCACUCCAGUCACCCGUUUCCGGCUCGUAAACGGAGAGACGGUAAACCGGUGUAAUCAUAUACUUCCGUAACCCGUGGUUCAUGUUCGAAUCAAGAUGCGACUGCACCAUCACGACGAUGCGACGGCUCAGCCCGGCGGACUUGCGGUGGUUCCGAAACAGAGGAAGGUCAAUCUCCGACUUCCAGCUCCGGCAAACGGAGGCGGCGGAGGAGAAGUGGUUGUAAGGGACGCGAAUCAGACACUCUAAACCGACGUCAUUGGGGAGACCUGGUAUGAGGUCCAUGAAUUAGGAGUAAAAUUGAAAAGGAGAUAUGGAGUAUG